CUCAGUGUAAAAGCAAGGAAACCUGACAAGCAACUCGAUUAAAAAGGAGCAGACAUGGGUUCAUCAGAACUAGAGGACUUUAACGAGUUACUGGACGAGAAACUGCUUCUCUUCAUGGAUCAACUCGAGUUACUAGAGGAAAAACGAGCAACUCUGAACUCUCUCAUCGAGCAGGGAUGGUUUUCCAUCACCAAGGCACGAUAUUCCAUGGGAAACAAGCAAGUGUCUACACUUCAGUAUGCAAGUGAGAUGGAGCCACUAGUUUGUGUUCAAGUUAGAACUGUGGACAAUGGUGAGGUAGAGUUCCGCACUGAAAAAUGUGCACAAAAGUGUAGCGAAGAGCCAACAAAUGAUGUAGUACCUGUAGAGGACAUUGGACCCACAGAAGGUGUCAGACGAAGAAAUAUGCCAAAAAAGGAUUUGCCAAAAAAAGCACCAAAUGAGGAUACCAAUACUGGGAGAGCUCAAAGAAGACAGCCGAAUCCUCAACAAGACCCACUGAAAUGGUUUGGGAUUUUGGUGCCGCAGUCUCUAAAACAAGCACAGUCAUCAUUCAAACAAGUAAUAGAUCUUUCUGCUGAGAUUGCAGCCCUCCAGAUUGCAGUUUUAAACACCAGACAGGAGCUGAAGGAGGGCAUGAAAAAUAAACAAACUGCAGAUGAAAGACACGACCCCUCUGUCGGACAAUGUGGUAAACUGAGCGAGUCCAUCACGUCGGAGCAGGAGGAAACCAAAGUGGCUUCAGCCGACAAGAGCCACUAGAUCUUCCUUCAAGUCUAAUAAACAUGGCGGGAACAUUCUUGCUGGAAUUAAAAGUGGAAAAAUGUAGCAACACCUGCUGCAUGAUUUAUUAGUAUUAGAUUAUGUUCUUGUACUGUUUUUACUGAUGACUGUGUAACUUAUGUGAUGUGUUUGUGAAUCCUGUUCUCGAGGGUUUUUCGAAGGGAAAUAAAUGUGUUGUCGAAAAAACGGGAUCAAAAUAUAUAUAUAUAUAUAUAUAUAUAUAUAUAUAUAUAUAUGACAACUUGCUUGAAUGUUUUUCAAGAAAUGGUUAGCUGCAGCUUACUAAA